GCGCUGCCCGUGUGAAGAUGCUCUGAGCGUUGACCGUCGCCGGGCAGGCCUCGGCCCGCCAUGAACACCUCCCCAGGCACGGUGGGCAGCGACCCGGUCAUCCUGGCCACGGCCGGCUACGACCACACCGUGCGCUUCUGGCAGGCCCACAGCGGGAUCUGCACGCGCACCGUGCAGCACCAGGACUCCCAGGUGAACGCAUUGGAGAUCACGCCCGACCGCAGCAUGAUUGCUGCUGCAGGUUACCAGCACAUCCGCAUGUAUGACCUCAACUCCAAUAACCCCAACCCCAUCAUCAGCUACGACGGGGUGAAUAAGAACAUCGCCUCCGUGGGCUUCCACGAGGACGGCCGCUGGAUGUACACCGGCGGGGAGGACUGCACCGCCCGCAUCUGGGAUCUCAGGUCCCGGAACCUGCAGUGUCAGCGCAUCUUUCAGGUGAACGCGCCCAUUAACUGUGUGUGCCUGCACCCCAACCAGGCGGAGCUCAUUGUGGGUGACCAGAGUGGCGCUAUCCACAUCUGGGACCUGAAGACCGACCACAACGAGCAGCUCAUCCCCGAGCCCGAGUUCUCCAUCACGUCCGCCCACAUCGACCCCGACGCCAGCUACAUGGCAGCCGUGAACAGCAUGGGCAACUGUUAUGUGUGGAAUCUCACGGGGGGCAUUGGUGACGAGGUGACCCAGCUCAUCCCCAAAACCAAGAUUCCAGCCCAUACGCGUUACGCCCUUCAGUGCCGCUUCAGCCCUGAUUCCACGCUCCUCGCCACCUGCUCAGCUGACCAGACAUGCAAGAUCUGGAGGACGUCCAACUUCUCCCUGAUGACGGAGCUCAGCAUCAAGAGCAGCAACCCCGCAGAGUCGUCUCGAGGCUGGAUGUGGGGCUGCGCGUUCUCUGGGGACUCUCAGUACAUCGUCACGGCCUCGUCUGACAACCUGGCCCGGCUCUGGUGUGUGGAGACUGGAGAGAUCAAGAGAGAGUAUGGUGGGCACCAGAAGGCUGUUGUCUGCCUGGCCUUCAAUGACAGUGUGCUGGGCUAGCUUGAGUUCUCUGGACUGCAAACCACCACCAGGCGGUGGCUCUGGUGGGACUCGCCUCCCCAGCACCCUGGCCGAGGAGAGCCUCUGCGUCAGCUCAGCCCAGAUCUGCCAGGCCAGCCUGCUCUCUGUGCCCAGUUGCUCUUCAGGAUGCCCACUGCGCCAGGCUGCAUUGCCUGGGUGGGGAAAGGCCGCACCGCCUAAGAGACUGGACCCCAACCUGAGGCUGAGCCCCGUUUCCCUCCUGAGCCCCGCCCCCGCCCCUUUCAGUCCUGAGGCUGCAGAGAGCACCACCAUGGCGAGAUCAGGGUUUAUUAGUCUGCGACAGCAGCCGGCCUCCGCAGCGCUGGCGGGGACAGGGCUGGCCUGGGCCAGGCGGGG